AGUCGGGGGCGGUGAAGCCGGAAACCUUUUGUAUGCGGCCGAAGCUGAACUUCCACACAGACUCCACUCAAACACCCACAGGACAAAUCUCUGCAUCAUCCCAACAUCUCCAACGCAGGACAUUCAAGAUGGCUCUGGUAUCCGAGUUUCUGGGACAGCUGUGUCUCAAUGUGGCGUCCUGUGAGCCCAAGAAUCCCACCGUGGUACCUGCUGCAGACUUUGACCCGAACAAAGAUGCUACCAGGAUAGAGACUGCUAUCAAGACCAAAGGCGUGGAUGAACAGACGAUCAUCGAUGUCCUAACAAAGCGGACCUAUUCCCAAAGGAGAGAAAUUGCUUUUGCGUAUGAAAGGAGAGCAAAGAAGGAUAUGAUCUCAGCUCUGAAGGGAGCACUGUCGGGCUCGCUGGAAACUGUGAUCCUUGGACUGAUGAAGAGCACCGCCCAGUAUGAUGCUGCAGAGAUCAAAGCAUCAGUCAAGGGUUUGGGAACAGAUGAGGAAUCUCUGAUUGAGAUUUUAUGCUCAAGGAGCAAUGAUGAGCUGCUGGAAAUCAAGAAGGUCUACAAGGAAUUGUUCAAGAAGGAACUGGAGAAGGACGUGGCUGGGGAUACCUCUGGGAACUUUGCUAAGCUGCUCUUGGCUCUUGUGCAGACCAAGAGAGCUGAACCAUCCGCUGUCGUGGACUAUGACAAGAUAGAUGUUGACGCCAAAGCUCUUUAUGAUGCUGGAGUGAAUUGUAAAGGAACUGAUGUAAACACCUGGAUAGCCAUUAUGUCCGAGAGAAGUGUCCCCCACCUGCAGAAAGUGUUUCAGAAGUACAAGAGCUACAGCCCCUAUGACAUGCAGGAGAGUAUUGUGAAGGAAGUUAAAGGAGACUUGCAAAAAUCCUUCCUGGUGCUAGUUCAGUGCUUUGAAAACAAACAGCUGUUCUUCGCUAAAAGACUCAAUGAAGCCAUGAAGAGUAAAGGAGCCAAAGAGAAGAUAGUGACAAGAAUUAUCGUGUCACGCUGUGAAGUGGACCUGAAGAAGAUUUGUUCUGAAUACAAGGCCACCUUCGGGCAGUCUGUGCAGCAGACCCUCACAGAACACACCAAGGGAGACUACCAGAAGGUUCUGCUCAGCCUCUGCGGUGCAGAUCAGUGAAACAUAUCGUUUGUUUAUGAGAAAUUAUUCCCUUUCUACCACUGGAAGAUUAAACUGGAAACGUGGGGUUGUGAAUGUCCUCCUGGAACAAAUUCCUGCAGUGGCAGUCCAUUUGUGAGCAGUUUUACGGCUUUAAUCGAUACAUUUAUUUUUUUCUGGGUCACCCUAAAACAUGAAUAAAGUUGGCUUGCUCAAG